AUGGGGGAUCAAGUUAACUGUUGCGCUGUGAAGUAUGGGCUCGACUCUGGCAUUGCUGUCAUGAAUGGAUUGAUUGAUAUGUAUGUCAAUUUAAUUGUGGGAUAUGCACAGUUUGGCUUGGGACAAGAAGCUCUGAAUCUCUUCAGAAGAAUGAAGAAACACGGCAUAAAACCUAACCAGGUUACAUUUGUAGGAGUUUUGAUUGCUUGUAGUCAUGUUGGACUGGUGGAUGAGGGGAUACAGCUUUUGAAAUCUAUGGAACACGAGCAUGGUGUGAUCCCUACACGAGAGCACAUCUCGUGCGUUGUUGACCUUCUUGCUCGAGCUGGUCGUAUCCAUGAUGCAGAAGUUUUCAUUGAUCAACUGGGAUUCGAACCGGAUGUAAUGACAUGGAAAACUCUAUUGGCUGCUUGUAAAAAUUGUGGCAAUGUUGAAGUUGGAAGGCGUGUUGCUGAGAAGAUCUUGAGGGUUGAUCCUUCCAACCCUGCUGCUCAUGUCUUACUGUGCAACAUACAUGCCUCUGCUGGCAACUGGAAAGAUGUGGCCUGUUUGAGAGCUUCGAUGAGAGAGAAGGGCAUCAAGAAACUCCGUGGACAGAUAUGGAUCAAAGUCAAGGAUCAGAUCCACGUUUUCACAGCAAAAGAUGGACUGCAUCAGGAAAAGGACGUGAUAUUUUUGACUUUGGAUGAGUUAUUGUUGCAAAUCUCUGAGGUUUUCUUAGUUAAAGUGGGAAGGAGGAGAGUCGUAUUGAACUUCAGAAAGGCAGAUGCUGCUCUAGCGCAGCUUGAAAAUAGGGAGGUUAAGGUGGAGAAGAAGGAAGAAGACGAUGAGGAAAAAGAAUGUGAAGAAGAGGAAGAAGAAAUUACAGAAGAGGAUUUUCUUAAUAAGUAUAAUAGCUGA